CUUUUGCCCCAAGAUUUUUUUGGGGGUGGCCGGUCUAUAAUAUAUAUACUAUAUGCAUUAUAUAUUGAUUAAGCAUAUAUAAACUACUAUAAUACAUGCUUAAUUGCUCACAAAAUCUAAGAGUUCAGAACAAAAUUCAAAUGUGGCUAUCAUAAUCGAACAUGUACACCACUUAUCAUAGAGUUGACACUUUCGUCCGUAAAACCUUAUUUUACUAUUUAAAUAUCAUUAAAAACCCAUAGAACAAUAUUCUCUUCACGAUUUUAUAAGGUUAUAUAAAACCAAGCAAACACCAUUAGUUCAACCUUCACCCGCGAUGGCUCCUCCUAAACACAUUAAUGGUGUUUCGGUUGCAGUCGCGGCUCUCAUACUACUUGUAGCAUGUUUUCAUUGCGUUGAUGCAAACUAUCAACAACAAUUCAUGGCUCCACAAAACGCAGCGAGAGCUCGUUUGAGACUCAGGCCGCUAAUAUGGGACGCCAAACUAGCCCGUUACGCGCAAUGGUGGGCCAACCAGAGACGUGGUGACUGCGCCUUGAUACAUUCUAACGGACCAUACGGUGAGAAUCUAUUCUGGGGCUCAGGCAAUAGAUGGAGCCCGGCUCAAGCAGCCAAUGGAUGGUUGUCGGAAGCAAGGAGCUAUAACUAUUACUCUAACUCGUGUCGGGCCGAGAUGUGUGGCCAUUACACGCAGAUUGUGUGGAAGAGCACGCAGAGGAUUGGUUGUGCUCAUGUGAUCUGUAAUGGUGGAGGUGGCGUGUUAUUGGCGUGCAGUUAUGAUCCACCGGGAAACUUUCUUGGUAGGAGACCUUAUUGAGUAUGAUUUAUUUGUAUAUCUUGAGAAACUCAUACCAAAAGAGGUUGUUCUUGCGUUUCUAACUCUUAUUCUUUUUGUAUACAAAUGUUAUUUUUAAUUGGUUCAAGUUGGAAAAGCCCACAACGUUUGUUUUCCGACGUUUUCUUAUGUAUUUUUCUGUGAGGGACAUUUCUUUUGGUUAACAAGACUAACUAAGAGAUUCAAAUCUCA